UAUCUCCUGUUUGGCAACUGAAGUGACGGCCAUCAAGACUGGACAGAGUCGGGCUGAAUCUGAGCAAAAUCUGGUUGAAUCAGGAACCUUUUAGGACUCGUUAGAAGAAAACCCCUUAUUCUUGAAACCACAACAGCACCAGUCAAACGCAACUGGGUUUGUGAGUUGUGCAAACCAAGAUGCCCAUCUUAAAGCAGCUGAUGUCGGGGUCUCAGACCAAACGGCGAUCUCGUAUGGACCUCACUACCGAGAUGAUCAGCGCUCCCUUGGGUGACUUCCGGCACACCAUGCAUGUAGGGCGCAGCGGGGAAGCUUUCGGAGACACCUCUUUCCUCAGCACUCGAUCUGGAGAGCCAUCCCAAGAAGGACACACCUAUCCUCACUCUCCGAAACCGGGACUGCUGUCUCGUACCUUCCGGGGCAGCAAGCGCUCUCAGUCCGUCACGAGAGUAGACCAGCAAGACAAUACCCUCCUUCCUUCCAGUGGGUCACCUACCUUUGUGAAGAAUGCCAUGUCCUUGCCCUUUCUGAACAAUGAAGAAGAACCAGAGGGAGACAAGAGGGUGCUCAAGAGCUUGACCUCCAGCCCCUCCAAUGGGGCCUCUGCUGAAGCAUUGGACUUGGAGCUACAUGAGAAGCAUUUCGGGGUGUUGACCGGCCUGCGACCUUCCCCAUCUUACAACGGUGGAGGAUUGAAGAAAGCUGAAUCUGUGAUGUCAUUCCAUGUUGACCUUGGGCCCUCAAUGCUGGGGGACAUCCUGGGGGUCAUGGAGAAGGAAGACGAUGACCAGGGGUUUGAAGAAGGCAAGAGCAGUGAG